AACAUCAUCCAACCUUCUAUUUUUAUAUAUAUAUAUAUAUAUUUUUUUCAGUUCAUUUCUCUUCAUUUAUGGAACAUUGCAUAUUGGACAACUGCACCAUAAUCUUUAGUUCAAUGCUAUACUAGAUUUGACUCUAGAGCAUGCUCAUGGUCUCUUAGUCUAGUGUUGUAAACUAGGUACGUUGAUAUUGGUUUCUUGAAGGACUAGUUGGUAUUUUUCUGUGUGAGAUGGAUACCCAUAUGACUCAUGUUGAUGAUGAUGCCACAAGGACAUCCACCUCUGAAGGCUUGGAAGAGGGAGAGGUGGAAGGAGAGACACUCUUAUUAGUGGAAUCAGAAGACCAAGCAUCUAUUGAUUUGUCUCAUGAUCAGAGUGGUGACUCCUUAAACAGUGAUGUUGGUGAUGAGGUGGACUCGCCAUGGUUGGAAGAAAUGCCAUUUUAUUGUGAGAAAUGUCAAAAAUGGAUUCCAGCAAUCCAGCUCAGAGGAGAUCAACCAAGUUAUUUGAAAGGCGAUAACUUUUUCAAAUUCAUAUGCUCUGCUUGUUCAGAAGAUGGCAAAGAACAGUUUGAGCGGUUAAAAUUAACCUGGCAGCAGGUUGUCAUGCUGGCUAUGUAUAAUCUGUCUCUGGAAGGAACGGGUCGAAUGGGUUACUUUCGAUGGAAGGAAGACAUUUGUUCUUUCAUUGAGAAACACUGGACGUUUCUUCUGGGAAGUCGGAAGAAGACAUCUACUUGGUGGAGCACCGUGGCUGGGUGCCUGUCUGUAGGCAGUCCCUUGUUCUUCCGGUCUGGAGCUCAAGAAUUUGGGGAGCCAGGAUGGUGGAAGCUUGUUCACAAUAAACCCCCUAUUCUCAAACCUGAUGGAGAAAAGUACCUCACAACGACUCAGAAGACAAAAGUUCCUAUAAAACCCCUUCUGGAGCCUGUCAUCACAGUGGAAGGUCUCCGAAAGAGAGCAAGUCGAAACCCUGUGGAGUCUGCCAUUGAACUGAAGGAGAAAAGAUCACGCACUCAGGAAGCCAAGGACAUAAGAAGAGCUCAGAAAGAGGCUGCAGGCUAUGCCGACCGCAGCACAUCUUCUACUCCUGUGAAGCUUUCCAGUAGACAACGACCUGACUUUAUGCUUGAGAAGGGGGAAAUGAUUGACUUCUCAUCCAUGAGUUCUUCAGACAGGAGUCCUACAACAAGCCCAUCUCCUUCUCCAUCCUUGGACUUUUCUGCUCCAGGUACUCCUGCAUCUCAUUCAGCCACCCCAAGUCUACUUUCGGAGGCUGAUCUCAUCCCUGAUGUCAUGCCACCACAAGCUUUGUUUCAUGACGAUGAGGACAUGGAUGCAGAUGGUGUCAUUGAUCCGGGGAUUGAAUAUAUACCACCUCAGAAUGUGCCACCAGGAGGAGGUACAGUGGGUCGAAAAAAGGUUAAAACGUCUAUGCAGAUAAAACAAGAGAUAGAAAGUGAAGAGGAAAGAGCAGAGCGGAUGGAGUGUGACUUACUUGAUGAGCCUUCUAUCGAAAGAGGACAUGACAAAAGGAGACCUCUUCCUAUUGAGAAAGAGAACCCCAAAAGCACACAGUAUAAAACUUUAAGUCUGUAUGAAGAGAAGUUGCUUUUGAAACGCCUUGAAGCCUGCCCAAAUGCAGUUGCUGUUACUCCUGAAGCCAGGAGACUGAGGCGCAAGCUGCUUGUACGUAAAGCAAAACGUGAACGAGGAAUGCCUCUGUUUGACUUGGAUCAAGCUGUGAAUGCUGCCCUGCUCCUCGUAGGUGGGGUGUAUGGAGCAAGAGAAGGAUCUGUCAGUAGACAGCUGUCCUCUGGUCCGGCAUUUCAGACAUCAAGCCAGGACUUGAGGAUCUUGGACAGGUUCCAGAACACGCUGCCAUCUACAAAGAGCUUUCGGCAGGCAAAUACUCGUUUCUUGUAUCGCCUGGGGGCAUCGGAAGCCAUGGAAGCAGAUCUCAGCAUUGUCAGCCCGUACACUGCUAGGUUCCUGAAGCCCUAUAUAAGACGUGAUUAUGAAACCAAAUCUACGAGGAUGCAGCUCUUAACAGAGAUCCUUGCCUACCCUCAUCUAGACGAUCCCAAGUGGAAGCCAGCGCCAGAAUCUCCCAUUGAUUACUGCUACGUUCGUCCAAGCCACAUCCCCACGAUUAACUGCCUGUGUCAGGAAUUCUUCUGGCCAGGCAUCGAUCUCUCUGAAUGUUUGCAGUAUCCAGAUUUCAGCGUGGUGGUGCUCUAUAAAAAAGUCAUAGUGGCUUUUGGCUUCAUGGUUCCUGAUGUUAAGUACAAUGAGGCCUACAUCUCAUUUCUGUUUGUUCAUCCAGAAUGGAGGAGAGCAGGCAUUGCAACAUUUAUGAUAUACCACUUAAUUCAGACCUGCAUGGGAAAAGAUGUCACCCUGCAUGUUUCUGCCAAUAACCCGGCCAUGCUGCUUUAUCAGAAGUUUGGGUUUAAGACUGAAGAGUAUGUCCUGGACUUUUAUGACAAAUACUAUCCGGUGGACAGCAAGGAGUGCAAGCACGCCUUCUUCCUCAGACUCCGGAGAUGAUAUGGACUGAUGGCUUUUGAGAUAUGCUUCCUACUACUAGGUUGCGAGUUACAAUUUGAAUAAUGAAUUCCAAGAUAUCUUUGGAAAGCCGUUCCACCCUCAACAUUGUAAAACACGGGACAUCUUGGUAAAUGUGAAUAGCCAAGCCACCUGUUUUGAAAGUCCACUACAUUUGAUAAACAUUUUGUGAUGCAGACCAAUUCGUCAUGUAAAUUCAUGUGUAACUGUUAAACCAGCAAAUAAAUCAUUUGAACGUUA